AUGUAUUCGACAAAUUUUCAAGACGACACGUCCCAAGUCUACCCAGGAAACUCCUUCGCUAUCGGAGGUGAUGAGACCCUCCGAGAACACAUUACUCUGGCAAAUAUCUUUCGUGAAUUCAAUCCCAGUAUUGUGGGAGCUUCUCACGGAGACAACUAUGACAAUAACAGCUUCAACGUAGCUAUAAGUGGAAGGACUAGUUCAGAUAUGCCACGACAAGCGCAAGAUCUCAUAGACAGGAUGAAAAAUAAGGGAAUAAGAAUGGCGGAAGAUUGGAAACUAAUAACGAUAUUCAUCGGAACGAAUGACUUCGGAAAACUGCUAUGUGUAGAAUCGUGUACGUCUACCUUUUUGCUUUCAUUUGCAACCUAUUGCGAUAAUUCGAUAUGCUUCAGCUCUCUGUUCAAGCAGGAAACAACGUCACGUGAAGAGUACAAGUCAAAAAUCGAAGAAGCGAUUUCUCUUCUACGAAGUAAUACGAAGCGUACGAUUGUUUCAAUUGUCUCAAUAUGGAACUCACAACUAAUUUACGAUGCGGCAUCACUCAUUGCUA